AUGGGCGACGCGCAGAGGACCUUCGCGCACAGCGCGCUCGAGUGCUUGCGCGAGGUCGCGUACAAGGACCCCGAGAACCUCCCCUCGCACAACGACGGUCAGGUGCAGCGGGCCCUCGAGGAGGCCACCGAACACGUCGAGGCCCUCCGCGCGAUCCUCGCGCGCGUCGACGACGCCGUCGAGGCGGGGCACGCCACCAGCCGCGAAGACGCAUUCCUGUCCGACGACGCCGCGGCGUCCGCGGUCAUCCACCUCGAGGCGAUCAAGCGGUGCAAGCGCCUCCUCCUCGCGUACUGCGACCACCGCCUGGGCGCCAUCAAGCACAUGCGGUGGCGCGGGCGGCAACACGUCGAACGCAUCCGCGGCGCCCUCUCGCCCGCGGAGUCCCAGUUCCACGACGCGUACGACGAGAUCCUGCGGGACUACCAGCGCAGCGCGGGGUGCGGCGACCUCACGCUCGGCGCGACCCCCCCCCGGGAGGCCCACGUGGCCGUCCUCGUGAAGAAGGACGUCGGCGAAGUGCAGUUCAGCCACGGGUGGGUCAGUCUGCGCCCUGGCUUGAUGCACAUGCUGCCGCGGAGCGAGAUCGAGCACUACGUGAGCGACGGGACCGUCGAGUACGUCGGGGAUCGGGAGCUGGACCUCGGCACCACGUGA